GCUCAUUCAUUGAGUGAUUCAUUAGAUUCUGUGAACAAUCGGAUGAUUAAGUGUCUCAUUGAUGCCAAAGAGUGGUCACAAAACAUGACAAAAGGCAAUGAAUACAAGACAUACAGUUUGCGGACAACCAUAGAGUGUCAUCACUCAGACAUCCGAUGUGUGGCCGCACUGCCCAACGGAGGCUUUGUCACCGGUUCCCGGGAUAAGACAUGCAAAGCAUAUCUGCCCAAUGACAAAAACAAUGGCUUCACAGAAGUGCAGAACCUGUUGGGCGCAGAGAACUACAUCUCCAGCAUCUGUUGUCUCUCACACGACAACCAAACACUCAUUUAUGUCGGAAGUAAUGAUUCAAACAUUUACUGCUUUUCUUUGGAGAACUCGGAACCCAUUCAUAAGCUGAUGGAUCACUCGGGAACUGUUUGUGCGCUGAGUGCCGACGAUGGCAGUGGUCUUAUAGCGAGCGGUUCAUGGGAUCAGACGUGUCGUGUCUGGAGUGGCAAAGAGUGCAAAGCAGUGCUCGUCGGACACGAAGGAGCCGUUUGGGCGACGGCUUUCAUCGGCCAACAAGUGAUCACCGGUUCUGCCGAUAAGACUCUGAAGCUGUGGACUAUAGACCCGAAGGUGGAGUGCGUCCACACCUUCGAAGGACACAAAGACUGCAUUCGAGACAUUGCUGUCAUAUCUGAGACCAACUUCUUGUGCUGUUCUAACGAUGCAUCCAUUCGUGAGUGGAAUAUAAAGGGAGAGACAGUGAAGGAGUUCGUGGGCCACGAGAACUAUAUCUAUUCGAUGACUAAUAUCACCGCUGGUCUGGAGUUCGCCACUUGUAGUGAAGACCGAACGGUUCGGGUUUGGAGUCAUUCCGACACCAAUGAUAUCCAGACCAUACGACUGCCCGCAACCACUCUCUGGUCGAUCGCCAGACUCUCGAACAACGACUUAGCCAUCGGUUCCUCAACGGGAAAGAUGUAUAUCUAUACGCGAGACGACUCUCUCAUUGCAAAGCCUGAGGAGAUAAAGGCAUUGGAGGAGGAGUUGUCGAAAUCGACGGUUCCUAUGAGUGAAAUCGGAGGAAUGAAAGUGAAUGAGUUGCCCACCGCUGAGGCACUACUGGUUCCUGGCAAGAGAGACGGCCAGACAAAGAUGGUUAGGGAUGGCAGUACUGUAAGCAUUCACAACUGGGACGCUAAGAAGUUCCAAUGGGUCAAAAUCGGUGAUGUUGUCGGCACUCCCGGUGCCACCAUUGAUCCAGCCAAUCGACAGACUCACGAAGGAGUGGAAUAUGAUUACGUGUUUUCCAUUGAUGUGGAGGACGGGAAGCCUCCACUGAAACUGCCGUAUAAUAUAACGGAAGACCCGUGGACUACAGCGCAAGCCUUUAUCCAUAAGCACGAAUUGAGUCAGGGUUAUUUAGAACAAAUCGCCGACUUCAUCACAAAGAACUCUUCGGGAAUGGAUUUGACGCAAACCACUGGCGGACAGAAUUUCGAUCCCUUUACCGGUGGCUCCAGUUAUUCCACGCAAACCAAUGGCUCAUCUCAACCAAUGGAUACUUCGCCGCCCAUUGCGACCAACAAAUACUUCCCACAAACAGCUCACCUUAGGUUUGAAAUUCAUCAAAUCGAUGGCAUCGCUAAGAAGUUGCAAGAAUUCAGCGAACAAUUGCCUCCAGAACUGAAACUCGAUUCCGCAGACAUUCAACUGUUGUUAAAACUAUCGGAUUUCACACUCGAAGUACAACCGCAACAGUUAAGACUCAUUCGACUGAUGCUGUCGUGGCCUAAGAUGUAUAUAUUUCCGGCACUGGAUUUGAUUCGAUUGACUCUAUUAUUGCCGAAAGUAAAUGAAGACUUGUGUGCCUCUAAGGACUCGGUGCGCCUCAUCGACACGCUAUUGGUCUGCGGGACGGACGCCAGUUCCAGUGCCAACCAGUUGGUGGCAUACCGGGCCAUUGCUAACAUGUUUGCCCACCCGGUUGGGGAGCAUUUGGCUAUCACUAACAGUUCAAUCAUUUUUAAGGCUCUAUCGAAGCCGUUGUCCAGCAAUAAGAACGUUGUGUUAGCUUUGACCUCAAUUUUCUUGAACUUUGCGGUCAGUUAUCAUAAUCAAAAUGAGGACAACUCUGCGCUCAAGUUCGAGUGCUUUACUGCUGCCGUCAGCCAUUUGAAUACAAUCACUGAACCCGGGGCUGUAUUCAGAUUAUUAGUCACUUUAGGAACUCUGGCCACCAAUGACCCCACCAUUAGUUCCCUCUUAAAGACCGACGAAUCUGAAGACACCGUAUCGAUGGUAGGACUCGUCCAACAGUUUUAUUUAUUACAGGAAGAAAGAGCCCAUACCUACAAACUCUUCGAAGAGGGUCAUAAGAUCUAUUUAAAUUCGGGCCCCAAUUAUAAUUUCAUAAAAUUCCGACAACUGGUCAAUGAUGUGACCCAAGAAUUCAAGCGAAUAUCGGUUGCCAUUAUAGCCAUUGAGAAGAAGUUGCGUUUCAAUGGUUUCGCUAAAAUGGCAAACAUUGUGACCAAAUUGCAAGACUUGGAGAAAAGCAAACUUGAGUUAAGCGCUAAACUCCAGAUCGCAAAACAGGAGGCCAUCGAUAGCGUGGAUGAGACCCAGAAAUGGGAUCAAGUGAUUGCUAUCAAACAAAAAGUGAGAGAUGUAAUCGAUUUAGUAAACGAACAGCUCUUGGAGUUUAGACAAGGAAUGGAGGACUUGGACACCAAGUGAUAGUAUUACCGAAUUAGUACCGGACCACCAAAUCAAUAGGCAUUUUAACGAAAUUUCCAAAUCAAAAUUACUCAACGAAU